GUUUAGGCGCAGGGCUAUUGCUUUGCUUCUCUGUGGUUGACAUAGUACAAGUUCAAGUCGGUCGAAAUGUAGUGCACUUAACGUCACGUGAAUUUGGGUAGGCUUCUGUCCUGUUUGGCAAUCGGCAUUCCUCCUCCUCUCGCUAUUAGUCUCCUGCUAAACACACAACUCGGGUCACUCUCGGAGAGAACACACUGACAUGUAGGAGUUCGAGACACCGUGAAAACAGCCGACGGUCGCCGGACUACUGAUGGGACAACGGGUUUUUUUUGCACAAAAUUAACCGUUUACCUCAAGCAUAAACUUCCAAAACAACAGGAAAACUUUCCAUAUUAUAUUGAGAACUCCAGGACACAGGCACCAUGGCGAGAUUUUACAGGGAAACCACGAAUCAAUAGAAAGGGUUAUUGCAGUUGUCUUCGGGGUUGGACCAGUUGGGUCAGACGAGAGACUCCACAGUGACAAAGAAGAGUGAUUGACGCACUAUGGAGGGUGGGAACGAUGUGGAUCUGUCCAACAGUAACAUCACCCCGCUGUGGAAGCGGCGCUCAGCCAAUCACACUGGCCCCAGCAAGCUAAAGGCCCGGCCCCUCAGCUACCAGAUAGACGGAGUCCACAUGACUGACUUCCCCGUAGAGGACAACAAGUGCAGUUUUACCCUGAGCCAGCCUGCAGAGAGACUGGUGGCUACGCCGGGAGGAGGGAUGGUCAUUCUGAAGCACGUUCUCAACCAACCCACCAGGAAAACACGGGUAGUCAGGAGUAUAAGCAUUGGACAUCUGGCCAAAGGACGUUUCUCUCUGUCCAAGUUCAAAUCGGAGGGUGAUACGUCUCUGUCAUUGAACAGUAAGGCAUGCCACGGUGGGAGUGUUGAUCAUGUGUGGUCGGACAAGCCGCUGCUGGACACCCAGAAUCGACUAUCCAGCCCGUUCACUCUCACCGCUCACAGGGACCAGAUAGUGUUUGGGACGAGCCCUUCACCGCCGAACUCUGCCUCCUCCAAUCACCCCUCUCCCCCUGCCUCCUCCAGUCACCCCUCUCCCCCUGCCUCCCCCAAUAACAACCACCAACAUAACCAGACCUCCCCUUCUUCCUACCACCCCUUAACUCCUGUCCCCUCUCCCCCUAACCCCAGCCCCUCUCCCCCUAACCCCAGCCCCUCUCCCCCUAGUCUCCACACCCCUACCCCAUCCCACAGCUCCACCUCCAGUAUCAACUCCCUCUCUUCCCUCAUCUCCACCCCUUCUGACCUCCCCACACCCCACAUCCCCUCCUCUGCUGACAUGUCUGCCCCCUCUCCUUCCCCCUCUCAUUCCCCCACUCCCAGCCUCUCUCCCUCCAUCUCCCUAUCUCCUCCUCCCUCCAUUGUCCUCAGCACCCACAGUGCAGCUGCCCUGAAGAUGGGCACACAGCAGCUGAUCCCCAAAGGGCUGGCAUCCCUGAGCAAGGCCUCUCCUGCUGGGGUACAGAGCCAGGGCCUGGGGGGUCUGCUGGGCCUGGAUCCUACCAAGCGGGCCCUGCGAGCCCUCAGCAUGGUGGAGACUGGAUCCUUCUUCUCCACUGGCGUAGGGUCCGGGGGAGGAGUGACAGACCAGGAUGAGAGCCCUGGGACUCUGAAGAGAGGGUUGAGGUCUACCUCGUACCGGAGAGCAGUGGUGAGUGGAGUGGAAAUGGAAAUACCAUCUGAUGACCUCAAGUCCCAUCGUCUGUCCCAACCUGUAGACCCAAAGAGCCAUCGUUUGUCCCAACCUGUACUCAAAGGACUACAGGAGGUCAAGGAGAGACCUACCAGCCCUGGGAAGAAGAACAAGAGUCCUGAUAAGAAGCCAGGACUGAUCACACAGAGGACAUUUGACAGUGAAGAGGAGGAACUGUAUCAGAACUACCAGGAGAAAGCUCUUCACAAUGACUCUGAUGAGGACCAGUCCAGAGAGCCCAAACCUGACGACCGUAUCGUGAUGCAGUACAGACCCAUACGCACCUCCUGGAGCCAACUCAGUGUGGUGAAGAAGAGUGGAGUUUCUGAUAAGCUCAGCCAGGAGGAGCGGAAAAGACAAGAGGCCAUAUUUGAGUUGAUAUCGUCAGAACACUCCUACCUUCACAGUCUGGAGGUUCUGAUCCGGAUGUUUCAGAACUCAGCGGAGCUCAGUGACGCCAUGACCAAGACCGAGCACCACCACCUCUUCUCCAACAUCACAGACGUGUGUGAGGCCAGCAAGAAGUUCUUUAAAGAGUUAGAGGAUAUACACCAGCAGAAUGUUGUUAUAGAUGACAUCAGUGAUAUAGUGUUCAGACACGCCCAGUCCAACUUUGACCCCUACAUCACCUACUGCUCCAAUGAGGUUUAUCAGCAGAGGACCUUACAGAGGCUAGUUAGUAGUAAGAGUCCAGUGUUUAAGGAGGUGUUGACUCGUAUUGAGGGUCACCCAGACUGCAGGAACCUCCCAAUGAUCUCCUUCCUGAUCCUGCCCAUGCAGAGAGUCACACGCCUGCCUCUGCUGAUGGACGUCAUUUGUCAGAAGGCUCCUAAGGACUCUGACCAGUAUGAGACCUGUAAGAAAGCCCUCCAAUCAGUCAGCAAGGUGGUGCGUAAGUGUAACGAAGGGGCUCGUACCAUGGAGAGAACAGAGAUGAUGUACACCAUCAACUCCCAACUGGAGUUUAAAAUCAAGCCCUUCCCACUGGUGUCGUCCUCUAGGUGGAUGGUGAAGAGAGGGGAGCUCACCGCCUUCGUGGAGGAGAACGGCAUCUUCUCUAAGAAGACGUCACGGCAGCAGGUCUACUUCUUCCUCUUCAACGACGUCCUCAUCCUCACCAAGAAGAAGAGUGAGGACAGCUACACAGUGAUAGACUACGCUCUGAGGGGCCAAAUUUGGGUGGGACCCUGCCAGGCCGAGGAUGUCAACCUAUCACCCGUCAGAAGCACCUCUGGAAUGAUGACAUCACGGCAGCCUGGUGCCAGCCACCUCUUCCGCCUGCGUUUCCGUAGCAACCACUCCGGAGACAAGGUGCCCAUGGUCCUGGGGGUGGAGCUAAUGAAUGAGCGUGCUCGCUGGAUCAGUGCUCUGGGCCAGAGCAGCAAUGACGAGAAGAACAAAGACCGAACCAAUGCCAUGCAGGUGGAGGUGACGAGGACAUACACAGCCAAGCAGCCUGAUGAGCUGUCACUGCAGGUGGCUGACGUGGUCCUGGUGUCACAGACUGUGGAGGAUGGCUGGUAUGAGGGCGAGCGACUCCGUGAUGGCGAGAGGGGUUGGUUCCUGUCAGAAUGUGCUGAACCAAUCAUGUGCCAGGCCACUAUUGAGCGCAACAUGCAGAGGAUGGACCGCCUCCAGGGGCUGGAAACCAAUGUGUGAGCUGGAACUGCAGGCUCCACCCAUUAAAUACACCAGUGACCUGCCUUCAAUCAGACACACCAAUGAGUGAGCUUUAUGCCCUGCGACAGCCCUCCACUGAAUACACCAAUAGAAAGUCUCCUUGGUCAACAGAUCAAUGUGUGAGAUCUUUCUGCCAGCGACUGAAUACACCAAUGAGCCGCCUUCAAGCAAUGAGAGUGCCACUAAAUGCACCAAUAGAAUCCCUCUGUGGUCAACAGACAAAUGUAUGUAUGCCAGCUGACUGCAUCUAUUAGAAUGGGUUUUGGGGUCCAGGGAUUGUUACCCAUGCAGUCUAACGUUCUCCGUCUUCUACCAAUCUCUAUGGUAAGGAAGUUUGACCCUAUGACCUGUCAACAACACGUUGACUCCUCCCACUGAUGGAAGACUGUCCAGCUUUUUGGCCCCGAAGGACAUCCCACUUGGACACAUAACGUGCUGGGGUCAAAGUUUAAAACUGCCCCGUACAGAGUGGAUGGGUCACCUAUAAUAACAGAGGUUGCAUUACAACAUGUAUUCAUUUCAGGAAUGAAGCUUACCUUCUGUACUACAUAACUAACAUUUUAUAUCAGUCUAUUUUUUGUCAUGCUUUUUAAAGUGCCAGGUUGUCGUGAUGUGACUGUUCAGUUUCACUUCUGCUCUGUGGUCAGGUUAUAGUGUGUGAUGAGACUGUUGGGGAAGAGGCUCAUUGUAGACACACAAAUUACACUGUACGUUAGAUUUAUGUGUGUGGCUAGGAGGCCUUUUGUAAUGUAACUGAAUGUGACGACGGUCCAAAAUGGCCAAAUAAACGGAUCAUUUCUAGACUUCCCUGUGUGGCCAGUAGGAGGCUGUGUGACUGCUGAAGAGGCUGAAUGUAAGGAGCCAAAAUGGCAGAAUGACCAGUCCAGAUUCCUGACCUCCCUCUGGUUAGAAGGUACAGUAUAGUGAGGCUGAAUGAUAUGAUGGCCUACAAAGUAAAGAAGAAACUCCCACAUUCAUGCGCUAACCCCGGUUCCCAACACCCCCUAACCCCGGUUCCCAACACCCCCUAACCCCGGUUCCCAACACCCCCUAACCCCGGUUCCCAACACCCCCUAACCCCGGUUCCCAACACCCCCUAACCCCGGUUCCCAACACCCCCUAACCCCGGUUCCCAACACCCCCUAACCCCGGUUCCCAACACCUCCUAACCCCGGUUCCCAACACCCCCUAACCCCGGUUCCCUACACCUCCUAACCCCGGUUCCCAACACCUCCUAAUCCCGGUUCCCAACACCUCCUAACCCCGGUUCCCAACACCCCCUAACCCCGGUUCCCAACACCCCCUAACCCCGGUUCCCAACACCUCCUAACCCCGGUUCCCAACACCUCCUAACCCCGGUUCCCUAGCCAUUUUAGAUACCUUAAAACUAUUGAACAGGUAUUAGCAGUAUGGGCAUAGCUUCACCUUGCACUCUGCUGAGGCGUGGGUUAAAUUGAACCAUGGUUACAUAUGCAGUUCGUUCAGCGUUGCACACUGCCUAGGGUCUGGAAGUUGAUCUGUAAUUGGGCACUUUAUCUCCAUCUUAAUGUCACCUUACAUAAACGGAGACAUUUCCGUCCCACAAACCUCCGUCAGUCCUGCCUCUGGCUGUGAUGAUGCCCUGGGGGGGCUUUUAGAAGACCCAGAGCUGGAAGUAAAAAAAAAAAAAAAAAAAAAAAACAUGAUUUCUGUGACGAGCGGCAGGAGAGAAAAUGAAACGUUGCGACGCUCUCUGCCAAGGUUUUAACAGGAUUGUCCGGGCGUGAUUCAUCUGUUAAGUGUGUAAUGUUGUCUUGCAUUGCUAGAGGAAAUAAAUAAUGGCCUGAUCAGCUUCCUGUUGUAACACCGUUCAUCAAACCAGACCACUACUCUACAUCUGGUCUGAACCAGACAAAAAAACGUUUCAUUUGCACUCAGGGAGAAACUGUGAUGACACGCAUUUAACCCAUGUAAAUAUGUAACUUCUGUUUUACACGUAUGUAAUCCACAGCUAUAGAUUUAUAUUGCAGAUGAUGUCGUUUAGAUAUUUCAUCUAACUAUUGUUAAUAAAAGUGCUAUGGUGUA